AUGUUUCGUUUCUCUCGGGUGGGGAGGGUCUCUGACGACUACGUCGACGAGAAAGUCGCUAUGGAAGUGACGGCUCUGGGUCUUUUUCGCAAGAGGACUACUAUUCCCGUUCCCACUGUCCAUGCUUGGGGUCCCGCUGCCAUUAAUCUACUUGGUCUAGGUCCGUUUAUCAUGAUGGACUUUAUUGAUGGUGUGAGCCUCAGCGACCUCCUCCGGGACCCUGACGCCGAGUGGCCCAGCAGAGUUAUGCGGGAGGAUAUCAGCGAGAGCGACAUUGAAUAUAUCUACAGGCAGUUGGCAAAUUUUCUGCUCCAGCUUUUCAAGCUCGAUUUUGACCGCAUCGGUAGCCUUACGCCGCCACAUACUGAAUUUCAAAGUUCGAUACCGCUACGGCCACUAACGUUCAAGGCACAUAGCAUCCUACAAAAUGGCGGUGUUAACAGUUUUGGCGACCGAGCCCAGGGGUUUGCGACGUCGACUGAGUAUUUUCAAUAUGUUGCUACGCAGGACUGGAAUCAGCUUGUCCACCAACUGAACUCGACCGAUGGUUCAUAUGAUGCUCAAAGCAAAUUCGUGGCGUUCAAGGUCUUGAAAAGCCUGAUACCUGGCCUGGUCCAUGCGAAGUAUGAUUGGUGCAAGUUCAAGCUGGUUUGUGACGACCUUGGCCUAGCGAAUCUGAUUGUCCGAGACAGGGAAGAUCUCACUGUCGUUGGAGUUGUGGACUUGGAGUGGUCAUACAUCGGACCCGCACAGCUGUUUGAUUCAGCACCAUGGUUGCUUCUUCAAGACAGGCCUGUCAACAGCACGUGGGACUUCACGGGUGACGAGCCGUCCGAGAUUGCCGCCCGGUACUUUAGAUGGCUUGAGAUCUUUAUGCGUGUCUUGGAGGAAGAAGAGGCUAAAAUGCCAGAGCAUAAAGACAGAGAGCUCUCCGGUCUUGUCAAGUGGUCGCAGGCCUCCGGGGCUAUGUGGCUCCAUAUGCUUCUCUCGUCUGACUUCAAUGAUUAUUGCAGCUUCCCUUUAACACAUUUGCGUCAACAUUUUGGGGCCAAAUGGACGAGGCGCGAGAACGUAUUUGACAAUGAAGUUGAACUUGAGGCGUUUGCAGCGCGGAAGGUGAGCGAGCUGGAUAAGUAUGAUGAAGUUUUGGAGAAGUUGGAAGAUAAAAAAGCGCUCGUGGAUAACGGGAGUAUGACAAAGGAGGAGUUUAUUGCAGCAGCACUGGUGGAUUCUGGCUAUACCCCUCCUCCGCUAUCAACCACAACCUCAUCAUAUUCAAAGAUUGACCAUCGACGACUGUCAGACUUUCUUCUAACCCACUAG